CGGCGGGACGGGGUGUUUCCGCUGGGAGCCGCGGGGCACGCUGGGAAUUGUAGUUCCGCCCGCCCGCUGUAGGCGAUGCGGCCGCCGGAGGCCCGGGAGGAGGCGCGGGCGAUUCGGGGGCCACCGCCGCGCACCCCAAACCCCGUCACCGUCCCCCCCCCGGCACCGGGGUCAUGUCGGGGCCCCCCCCGGCUGGGGGGGCCGAGCCGGGGCUGUACCACGAGCGGCAGCGCCUGGAGCUCUGCGCCGUGCACGCGCUCAACAACGUCCUGCAGCGCCCCUGCUUCACCCAGGAGGCUGCCGACGACAUCUGCAAGAGGUUGGCGCCCGACGCCCGCCUCAACCCCCACCGCAGCGUUUUGGGGACGGGCAACUACGACGUGAACGUGAUCAUGGCCGCGCUGCAGAGCCUGGGGCUGGCGGCCGUCUGGUGGGACAAGCGCCGGUCGCUGGAGCGGCUGGCACUGGGACAAAUCGUGGGCUUCAUCCUCAACGUGCCCUCCCACGUCUCACUGGGCUUCGUGGCGUUGCCGCUGCGCCGCAAGCACUGGCUGGCCGUCCGGCAGCUGGGCGGCACCUACUACAACCUGGACUCCAAGCUCCGCGCGCCUGCCCGCAUCGGCGGAGAGGCUGAGCUCAGGGCUUUCCUCCGGGAUUUCCUCGCCCAAGGGCUCUGCGAGGUUUUCCUUGUCGUCCCCCGGGCUGUGGAGGAGGCCGGCGCCUGGCUCAGCCCCGAGUGACUCGUCGCAGGGACGAGGACGACGGGUGGCACCGGCUCCCGUUGCUUCGGGAUGAAACGGCUCCGUUUUGGGACUUUCCUCAGCUUUUUACCCAUCCGGUGCGAACCUGGAUAGGUUUAGGGGACUCUGCGGGGGGGCCAGGUGCCCCUUUCACCCCCUGCCCGCCGUCGCGGUGCUUCAGUUUCCUGAUUUCACCCUGAUUUUGUGCUCUGGGUUUUGCCUCCCUGUGUCACCGGGAUUCCUCUGCGGGGUGUGUGACGGGGCACAGGCGGAGGUCGCGGGGCCGACGCGUUGUAACGGGGCGAGAACAGUGCUGGCGUGGGGGGUGCACGCUGGUCGUGCGACUCGUGCUUGGGUCGCGCGCUGUCGCGACGUUGCACGCCGCUUGUGUUUGUCACCCACUCGGGGUGAUGCCACCUUGCUGCUUGUGCGUUCCGGGUGCUGCUUGUGCGUUCCAGGUGCUGCUUGUGCAUACCGGGCACUGCUCAUGCAUACUGGGCACUGCUCGUGCGUGCUGCACGCCGGUUGUGCACCUCACGCUCCUUUGCGUGGCGCCGGUUUUGCGUCUCACCUGCCGCUUGUGCAUGCCGCCCGUGUCACCCACUGCCGACGUGUGUCACCCGCCGCUUGCACGCCGUUCCCGGCCCUGCAGGGCUGUGUCACCAGCACCACGGCUGCCCCCAGAGCCGGGUUACUUCUGGUGAUGGAUUUCGGCCCCCCGGCGUUGCCUUGUUCCCGGGUUUGGUGGCGUGGCCAUUGCUUGGUGCCCAGAGGGGGUUAAUUACCCUCCAAAAGGUGAUUAAAACUGCUGGGUUACA